UGUGUGUGUGUGUGUGUGUGUGUGUGUGUGUGUGUGUGUGUGUGUGUGUUCUCACAUCAGUGUGUAUCUCCUCAGGACCUGAGGAUUCAGGGAGAAUACUCUACAGGAUGGUUGCUGUGAGCUUUGGGAUGCUCUGUGUUCUACAAGUCACUCUCAACAUCUCCUUGAGACUAGUCUACAACAGAUGCUUCAAAUAUUCUGAAGAGAAAGACCAGCUACAGACCAGUUACAACAACCUGACUAAAGAGAGAGACCAGCUACAGACCAGUUACAACAGCCUGACUAAAGAGAGAGACCAACUACAGACUGAGAGAGAUAUUCUUAGCAGGAGGUUUACCAAUCUCAAAAAAACUUGUCCUGAAGGCUGGCAGAAGUUUGAAUCCAGUUGGUACUUCCUGUCUUCUGAGACUAAAACCUGGAAAGAGAGCAGACAGGACUGUCUGGAGAGAGGAGCAGACCUGGUGAUCAUAAACAGUGAUAAGGAACAGACCUUUCUCUUCAACCUCAAGAAGAGAGUCUGGAUUGGUCUGACUGACUCUGUUAAGGAGGGGACCUGGAAAUGGGUGGACGGCACCCCACUGACCACAAGGUGAGAGAUGAUAACUAAUCU